GCAGGCGCACAUCCAGCUGUGACGGAGAUGUGAGGAAUGUGACGGAUAGGAAGGUGUGUCGCUCUUUGGUGUUGCUGUCGCUCUCAGCGUUUGGUCGCCGUCCCUCAUUUAGUCAGAGAGAAGGGGUGAGGGAGGGAGAGAGAGAGAGAAAAAUACGUUUCCUGCCCUCUUGGUGCUUCACUGAUCGCUCACUUCACGCGAUGGCACGCCUGCGUCCGUGUGCGAAGCAGCUGCGUAGGGAGCCCCGUUGCUUCUCAUAAGAAGUAACAAAAACCAACAAGGAAAAAAAAAAAAGUAGUGCCUCCAAGUCUGAAUUCGGGACGCAGAAGAAGACCGACGUCUGCUCACCGGUUGCUGGAGGCUGGAGGGCAGCGUGCGGCGGGGCCAGCGCGGGGAUGAGCGCGGAGGCGCACAGAGGAGGAGGAGGAGGAGGAGAGCCUGUGUCAAAUGGAAGCUGCAGCGCGUCGGACGCCGCCAGGAAGGUCCAACACCAAUCCAGCUGCGAAUCCCCGACGUGGGAGACCACGGAGUCUGUUUCAAAAGCGACGAUCCCACGACGCAGCAGCCUGAUCAAGGAUGGCUCACGUGCCGGUCGUGAGAAAAAGAAGACUGUGUCCUUCAGCAGCAGCCUGUCAGAGAAGAAGAUCAGCAGCGCUGCCGGGUGUAUCCACUCCAUGGUUGAAGGCAGUGAGCUGAAAAAGAUCCGCCCCAACUCCCGUGUUUAUCAGCGAUACUACCUCUUGGAUGCAGGCCUGCAGGCUCUGUUCUGGGAACCGUCCAAGAAAGAAUCGGACAAAGCUCGGAUCUAUCUCAACUCUAUACGUGAGGUCCGGAUUGGCCGUAACACGGAAACCUUCCGCACCAGUGGAGUUUAUGAGCAGGUUUCGGAGGACUGUGCAUUUUCCAUCAUCUAUGGAGAGUUGUAUGAGAGCUUGGACCUGGUGGCUAACUCUGCUGAAGUGGCAAACAUUUGGGUUACUGGACUGAGGUACCUCAUGCAGUAUGGCAAACAGGCGCUCGAUACACUUGCCAACAGUCAGGACAGCCUUCGCCUUCGGUGGCUGGAGCAGUUGUUCUCUUCUGCCGCUGAUCUAAAUAAACAGGACGGCGCUGAGGAACGGAUUCUGUUGCAGUCGGCCAUUAACUUGGUACAAAGUGUGAAUCCUGGAGUGAGCAGCGUAAAAGUGGAGAACAGGUUUAAAGAGAUCCAGAGACUCAGGGAGAAGAUGUGUAAUGAAUCAGGAUUUAAAGACCACACUGGAAAUGAAAAGCCAUCAGAGAAAAAAGAGCAAGUAACCAAGCAAGAGUUCAUUGAGGUCUUCCAUGACUUCUGCACCCGUCCAGAGAUCUACUUCCUGUUGGUGCAGUUCUCCAGCAACAAAGAAUACCUUGACGCAAAAGACUUGAUGAAGUUUAUUGAAGCCGAACAGGGUGUGGCACAAGUGAGUGAGGAAAUGAGUCUAAAACUCAUCCAGACCCAUGAACCAUCAGCGGAGGGGCGACAGCAGGGACACAUGUCAUUGGAUGGCUUCACCAGCUACCUCACUUCCUCUGAGUGCCAUCUGUUUGACCGGGAGCAUAAUACCAUCUGUCAAGACAUGUCCCAGCCUUUGUCUCACUACUACAUCAACUCGUCCCAUAACACCUACCUCAUUGAGGACCAGUUUCGAGGUCCCUCAGAUGUGUCUGGCUAUAUUCGUGCCCUAAAGAUGGGCUGUCGAUGCGUGGAAGUGGAUGUUUGGGAUGGCCCUGAUGGCGAGCCAGUGGUGUGCACAGGACACAGCCUGUCCCGUCCUCUGGCCCUAAAUUCUGUGUUGGAAGCGAUUGGAAGGUUUGCAUUUGUGGCAUCGGACUACCCGUUAAUACUCUGUAUUGAAAACCACUGUUCGCUGCAACAACAGAAAGUUUUGUUGCAACAUCUCACAAAGAUCUUGGGGGAUAGACUUUAUAGGGACCCACCCGAUGAAGGGGCUAUGUACCUACCUUCACCGCUGGCAUUAAGACAUCGAAUCCUACUGAAAGGUAAAAAGCUUGAGCCCACCAAUUUAGGCGGAGAGGAUGGGGAGGUAAGUGAGGAAGAUGAAGGAGCAGAAAUGAGUCAAAGGAUAAAAACAGUAAAUGCUGGUGGAACUGAGAAGGAUGUUGUGCAGAAAAGUAUCUCUCUAACAUCUUCCUCUCAGUCUAACACGCCUCAUCCUUCCCCUAAACGCUUCCAGCUGUUGAGAGAGCUGUCAGACCUGGUAACUCUAUGUCAUUCUGUUAGCUUCAAAGACUUUAAAACCUCAUCUAAAACUCAAAAACCUUGGGAAUUGUGCUCCUUUCAUGAAUCCCUGGCGUUGCGUCUUGCUGGCGACAGCCCUGGAGACUUUGUCAACCACAACAAACAUUUCUUAUCACGAGUUUACCCCAAACCUAUGCGCAUUGACUCAAGCAAUAUGAAUCCCCAGGACUUGUGGAAGUGCGGCUGUCAGAUUGUAUCAAUGAACUUUCAGACAGCAGGACUGAUGAUGGACCUGAACACGGCCUGGUUCCGGCAGAAUGGGAGCUGCGGUUAUGUGCUGCGUCCAGCUAUCAUGCGGCAGGAAGUAUCUUAUUUCAGUGCCGACACCAAAGACACAGUACCUGGUGUGACUCCACAGCUGCUACAUGUAAAGGUCAUCAGUGGCCAGAAUCUUCCAAAACCAAAAGGCUCUGGGGCCAAAGGGGAUGUUGUAGACCCUUAUGUGUAUGUGGAGAUCCAUGGCAUCCCAGCUGACUGCACAGAGCGCCGCACCAGGACGGUGACACAGAACGGGGACAACCCAGUAUUUGAUGAGAGCUUUGAGUUCCAAAUCAACUUGCCUGAGCUCGCCAUGGUUCGAUUUGUGGUGCUGGACGAUGACUUCAUUGGGGAUGAAUUCAUAGGACAGUAUACCAUACCACUGGAGUGCCUCCAACCAGGCUACAGACAUGUGCCCCUUCAGUCCCUCACAGGGGAGGACCUUCCACACGCCAAGCUGUUUGUGCACGUGGCCCUCACAAACCGGAGAGGAGGCGGAAAACCUCACAAAAGAGGCAUCUCUGUACGAAAGACUCGAAAAGGGAGAGAGUAUACGGCUCUGAGGGACUUAGGAGUUCGGACUGUCGAUGAAGUCUUCAAGAUGGCUGCUCCACUUUUGAGAGAAGCGGCAGACUUGAGGGGUAACAUGCAGAACUCUGUUGCAGUAUUCAGGGAGCUGUGUGGGGUGUCAGCUGUGGCCAACCUCAUGCAGUGUGUGCUGGCCCUGAGCUCCAGAGUGUCGGGCCCAGAGGGGAACCCUUUACUGCUGUUCGACCUAAGAGACAACUACCCCACCCUAGAGCCCCAGGGACCCCUGCCAGAUGUCCUUCGCCGAGUUGUCUCUACCUAUGAAACGAUGGUCAAUUCAAGCAAAGCUGUGAUGGAGUUUGCAGAUGCAAUCUAUGAAAAAAUCCUGCAUAUUCAAACAAUGGCGAUGGACUUUCACGAGAAUCUGCAAAACCUGGCGAUGAAAGAAGGGUUAAAAGGUUCCAAGGUUAGUCGAGCACUGGAGAGCUUCAGCUGGAACAUCACCAUCCUGAAGGGCCAGGCUGACCUGCUCAUACACGCCAAGGCUGAAGUCGAGGACAACAUGAAGCAGGUUCAUGAUGCAGCUCUGACAGGAAACCUCUGCAGGGAGGGGAUCGGGCUCAAACGAGUUCGCUCUCUAACAGGACGGGGCCCGGACGACAACACGAGCGCUUGAGGUCCCUCGUCUUUGCAGGAAGACCUCAUCUCUGCCACGUUUCACAUUACCAGUUUGUUCUCAAGCGCCCAGUGCUGUAGGUGCAUCACAGCAUCCAAAAACUGAGGAAAUUAGGAAUUUGUGAAAAUAAAUUUUUAAAUAUACUAUUGCCAUCCGCACGGUGAUGUACUGCUGGUUGGAGAUCCAAAAACUUCAGUGUUAAGAUGAAUGUAGUUCGACUUGAAGCCAAGGUUCUGCUGUUUGUACUGUUGUAAACAUGCCAAAUGGUGAUUAUUUCCCUCUCAUGUGAACUUUUGAUAGGUUUAGAGUGUGCCAUGAUUUUUUUUUUUACAUACCGACAGAUAAUCUGAAAAGCUGGUCUAUUGACUAAAGGCUGAAGCCAGAUCAGGGUACAGGAUGUGUUGCCCUUUAAGUUUAAGAACACCUCCUCUGUCUGUAGUGCAGCACUGUGUAUCUUCAGCUUCUCUUUUUUUGUUUUUUUUUACCGAGUGUCUUUUGCUCCCGCAUUGCUGCUCUAAACUCAGUUGCCAUGAGAUUGUCCUGUUUUGCACCAAACCUCAUAUCUUUCCCCUUUAAAUAUUGUCUUACAUACAGUAUUCUAUAUUUUUGUAUUUCCCAGAGCCUAACCCGCCUCCCAUGCUACUUAAAACAAACAAAAAAAAACUUUUAUCUGCCAUACUGAUCAACUCCAGAGGUGUUGAUGUUUGCCUCAAGGGAACUAAUACUGUUACCCAUGAAAGCGUUUACUUUGCGAGCAAAACACUGUAAAGUAUUUUAAUAUGUGAGUCUAUCCUUUUGCUGUAAAGAAUAUUUUGCAUAAGUUAUUAAUAGUGAAUGAAAACAUUCCAGAUGUGUACUAGUGCUGUAGAAAAUAAAACCUGACCAGUAAGUCAGGAUAAAA